AGUGCCAGUGUUGCGGCCAAUUCGUGAGCUUCCUUCCCUACCAUGUACCAGCUCGACAGCCACAAAUGAUGACCCCUCUAUCGAUGGAUACCGAUCUUGGCGGACACCAACGAUAACCACGGUCGCGAAUCUCUCUCACAUCUACUUUAUAUACAACGACUAUUGACCUCCAAGAGCCCCGACGACAACAUGGCAGACGAUUCGAAAGCCAAACCUCGGCGGAAACAGCAAUGGCCAUGGUCGCGCCGAGUGAACGAUUGGGACCCCCCAACUCCUCUCGACAGGAUUCUCGAUUCCCCUCUCCGAGCUCUAAUAUCUUUCAUCUACGCCAUCCUCCUCUCCCUCCGUGGAGCACCCUUCAAACCUCCCCGGAACAAGCCCCCCGUGCGGGUUGUCUGUAUCUCCGACACGCACACGAAUACAACCUCCGUACCGAAUGGAGACCUGCUCAUACAUGCUGGGGAUAUGACCAAUGCUGGGACUGUGCAGGAGAUCCAGGCACAGAUCGACUGGAUGGCUUCGUUGCCCCAUCGCGAGAAGAUCAUCAUUGCGGGUAACCAUGACAGUUAUUUCGAUCCCAAAUCUCGGAAGGCAGAGGAUAGGGGGAAGAAGUUGAAUUUUAGAUCUAUACAUUAUCUCGAGAACAAAUCCGUGACGUUGAAGUUCAAGGGCGGCAGGAAAUGGACCUUCUAUGGCGCCCCGGAUAUUCCAUAUAUCGGUGGCUCAGAACAUGCGUUUCAAUAUAAAGCUGAUGCUGCCCCGUGGAAGAAUCGAAUUCCCCGGGAGACUGAUGUGUUGAUCACGCAUACUCCGCCACGAUACCAUCUCGACCUCGAUCGGGGCUGCCCUGCACUUCUCGAUGAGAUAUGGCGAGUGAGACCUCGAUUACACGUUUUUGGACAUGUGCAUUCAGGGCAUGGGCAAGAAGCAGUGUUUUGGGACGAGGGGCAAGCUUCGUAUGAACGCUUAAUGAGCCGGACUGGCGGAGGCUUCGCAAGGGACUUGAUCCCCAGUGGAGCGUGGCUGGACGCUAUGAAGGUUGUAUUCUACGGUAUCAGGGGCAUCUUGUGGGAUCGGUUGAUGGUAGGGCCGGGAGGGUCGAAGGGGUGCCUAUUAGUGAACCCAGCGAUCGUCUGGCAGUCCACGACGGAUGUGGGCAACCGUCCCGAGAUUGUGGAGUUGUAG